GCAAAAGAACAUACCUAAGGAAAUGAGUUGCACAAUGUCACUUUUAUUAAACAGUUAAGGUAAGAGCGCAUAAAUAAAGCUGACCAGAGAAAAGGUAGGCUUAAUUAAAGACCAAACAGACUGACCAAACCACUUACUUAAACAAUCUGUAACUUACAACAAUCUGAUCAACGACCAACUAAGACUGACCGACAGACCGAGCAAUCGACAGACCGGCAGACAGACCGACAGACCGACAGACCGACAAAUAAACAGACCGACAGACCGACUGUCCGACAGAUAGACAGACUGUUCGACAGACCGACAGACCAUCAGCUCGACAGACCGACCGACAGACGAACAGGCGUGCCGCGGUCGUCAUGACGACGGCUGGCGGACCGGCGCGUGCACUCGUCCGCCGGACUGAGCUCUGUCAGUCAGUCAGUGCUGGCGCCGCCGCGACCGGAGACGGGAGGUCACGCAAGAUGAACCGGGCAGGAGUGAUUAGUCGGCGAAUUGCACGCACCAAGGCGUGUUCGACGGACCUGGUAGCCAAGAGCACAACAUCAGUUCGGCCGCCUCCUAAAGUCCACCAGAAACCCUCCGGCAAGGGAGGCAAGGGCAAGAAGGGCAAGAAGGGCCGACACCAGCAGUACGACCUGAUCGUCACCAUCGACCUGGUCGAGUACGGCCUCACCGAGGAGAUAGUAGCCGAGUUCAAAGAGGCGUUUAUGCUGCUAGACAGAGACGAAGACGGUAUCAUCAACAUGAGUGAGCUGGGGGUGGUAAUGAAGUCACUUGGCCAGCGACCAACGGCCACGGAGCUCAGGCAGAUGAUAACAACAGUCGAUCAAGAAGGAAUGGGGCAAAUUGAGUUCAACGAGUUUCUACAAGUAAUGGCAAGAAAGAUGGCAGGGAUGGCAACAGAAGAAGAACUCAAAGAGGCUUUCAAGGUGUUUGACAAGGACAAGGACGGCUUCCUGUCCGUCUCGGAGCUGCGGCGCAUCAUGACCUCGAUGGGCGAGAAGCUGACCAAGGCGGAGGUGGAGGACAUGAUCUCAGAGGCGGACAAAAACGGGGACGGCAGGAUCAACUACAGAGAAUUUGUUCAAGUGCUGACGUGUGGCUCGUAGAUGACGUCAGUGCCUCAGCUGAGACGAGGUGGCGUCACAACCUCUGACAACGUCACUAUCUCCGAUGACGUCACGCCCUCAGAGCUGACCCCAGCCGGACCGCAGUGCUCCUAAGACAGGACCGCGCGGUGCAGGCGGCAUUGCCCGCCGGUUUGGACAUUCCGCGCAGAACUGGACCCACUGUCCGGCUGGGCCGGGCCGGGCCGUUACAGGUUUAUGUAUAAUGUGUUCCUCUUCUCGUCUCCGUGCUUUCACGUCCUUUUGCCUGUCUCAGAGCGGCAGAAUGGUGUUGACUGUUGAGCGAGCAACUGCCCAUUGCUGAGGCGCCUGGAGGCUAAUGUUUCAUGAGCUGCGUAUAUUCAAGGGACGAAGGACAACUAGUUAUACACCUAGAUAAUUUACUCUCUUGUUAGUCGGGAACCGAGGGUAUUGAAAUUUUUCAAGCUGCCUUAUAUGUUAAAUCUCUCAAAGACAACUAAUAAUUGUAUUUUACGUUAUAAGAAACGAAAUAAGAAAUAAACACGAUGUCCCGUUGAUUGAAACAAUUACGCUUUAAACGUUAGGAAUGUAGUUCACUGUGAACUGUUUUAAAAUCAAAAGAAAAGUGUCAGUGUGCUUGGAUGCUCAAAUGUUGAUCCUGUUAAUCUGUUAUGACAAAGUAAGUUAUUUUUCAAAACGCGACAUUUAAUGAAAUGAACUUGAGUUCAUAACUAAAAUACAUGUAUGAAAUUUGAGAUUCAUAACAAAAUAUCGCGUUUGCUGUUCAUUAGGCAUAAUUGCCAUCUGAUUCAACCUUGCACAUUUUGCAUUACAUAGUCAACGUCAUGUCGUGUAAUCUUUGAAUUAUACACGAUGUUCGAUAGAUGGUUCGGCUAUUAAACAAAAUUAAAAAAAUUGGAUGAGUGACAAUUUGACAGUGCAUUCGAACCAGAGCUAGCUCAAUUUACUUAGCUUUGUGCUAUGAAUUUUCACCACCUUUUCCUCAGUACAUGCUGCGUAUGUACUAAGUAUAUACCAACGAGAAGACCCACGAGGAUCCACUGUCGAAGUGACUGUAAAUAGAACCCCGAGAAACCGACGCGCCCCCUUCCGUACCCCCUCCGCGUCGCGCGCCGUGUAGCGUCGGUGUUCUGUGUUCAACUUUGGAUGUUAUACCGUAGAGAGAUGAGCGCGAGUGUCUUUGAUGUUGGCAGCGCGCAGGGGUGACCGAAUCGGUCACUCUUCUCUGCUGUCGCUGCUUUGCGCCGUGCACGUUUUCAACCAGCCUUCUGCAAGCUGCAGUGACUGAGACCGAUGCCGCCUUGGCAGUUCAUGCUUCACGCUUUCUUGUGAUCUGCGCGAUACGACCGACCAAAACCGGAACCAGAAACUGCGUGUGACCUUCCUGUGACCGGCGACCUUCCUGACCUCAGCUGUGCUGCAGGUCACUGACCCUGAACGGCCGUUGACCUCCAACAAACCACUGACCCUGACCGGCCGCUGACCUCUUGACCCGGCCGCUGACCCCUGAUCUGUCGCGGUCGGAGCCGGGCCGCUGCCGGUCGAGAUGUAACUCGUCAAUGCGCGUGGCGUUCGUGUCCAGACAGCUGUGAUAGAGAAGCUGGGCGGGCGGGACGGCUCGCCGCUCGACGCCUGUGCUCAGUGCCCCGUGUUGAGUGUUGUCCGACGCGCCGGCGACCGGACAUGCCUUCCGCUCUCUGACCGCUGGCAAUACACAGAAGACGCCGCG